UCCUCGUUGUUGUAAGCUUCAGUCGCUGCCUCUUUCGCAUCUGUAUCUCCCACAUUGCCUCAAGCUUCACGUGAGAGCAACCAGCCAUGGCCGAGCAGACCGAGAAGGCUUUCUUGAAGCAACCCAGGGUUUUCCUAUGCUCGAAGAAAACUGGGAAGGGGAAGAGGCCCGGAAAGGGUGGAAACCGCUUCUGGAAGAACGUUGGUCUUGGUUUCAAGACCCCUCGUGAAGCCAUUGAAGGAACAUUCAUUGACAAGAAGUGCCCGUUCACCGGACCUGUUUCAGUCAGAGGCCGCAUAUUGGCCGGUACUUGCCACAGCGCCAAGAUGCAGAGAACCAUUAUUGUACGGAGGAAUUACCUUCACUUUGUGAGGAAAUACCAAAGGUACGAGAAGAGGCACUCCAACAUUCCGGCUCACGUCUCCCCGUGCUUCCGUGUCAAGGAAGGCGACCACGUCAUCAUUGGCCAAUGCAGGCCGUUGUCAAAGACGGUUAGGUUCAACGUGCUGAAGGUGAUCCCAGCCGGUUCGGCCGCCGGUGGAAAGAAGGCAUUCACUGGGAUGUAAGAGUUUGAUCAGUCAGUAGUUUGCUUUUCUGGAUAGAACCGAACUCAAAACGCUGUUUUCAAGUUUGUGUAAGACAAAUCAUUUCGAGUGUUUUGUUGCGCACGAUUUUGUCUAUUUCGGGUUUUUUUUUAAUCAAGGUUUCAAAGCGUUACUCUCU